UCGCUGCAUUCUGGGUAAAAUCCCGGGCCCAGAAUUUUCAAGAGCGCACGCGUGGGCCCGUUCCUUCCUUUUGCGUCGUUGCCUCUGAGCGAGCAAGAUGGGUCACCAGCAGCUCUACUGGAGCCAUCCGAGAAAAUUCGGCCAGGGGUCGCGCUCUUGCCGCGUCUGCUCCAACCGGCACGGCCUGAUCCGGAAAUACGGCCUGAAUAUGUGCCGCCAGUGUUUCCGCCAGUACGCGAAGGACAUCGGCUUCAUCAAGUUGGACUAAGUGAACUUCUGGCGUUGGUCAUCAGAAACAUCUACCUGGCAGCUGGAACACAUGCAGAUCUUUGUACAUAAAAUAAAGUGACUUCAAUUAUCAGUGUGUUCGUAUUAUGUAUGGUGUGAUAGGUACAUUUAUCUUUCCUUACCUGUUUACGGAAAGUUGCCCCUGAUCAACUAACGUCAUUGGUAGCAGCAAGAAUAAAACUUUCAAUUUUGGAAUUGG